AUGGCCCAGAAGCGGUGGACAAGCCUGUCAUGGGCAACUGCCACUUUCAUCUGCUUCAUGCUGGCCUUUGUAGCAUCUUUGCGUCCGUUCCGCAGCGAAGCCAUCCGGUCGCAAGCGGAUCCUGGGCAUCCGAGCAUCUUAGCGAGCGAGGCGCCCGCCACGCUCCAACGGCAACCAGCCCAAGAGGUUCCUGUCCAACAGGGUCAGCUUCAAGAAGUCCAGCUUCAAGAAGCUCGGACAGGCGUCGCAGCAGAGCCGGCCGAACCUCUGGGACCGUACCAUGACAUCACUCUUCCAGGACCCGACAAUGCAAGCAGCACCUGGCAGCCUCAUGUUAUCAUGGAUCUGGACGUCCUGAAGCGGCAGAAAGAGCGGCUUUAUCCGUUGGACAAAGAGUACGUGGGAUGCACCAAAGCCUGUGGCAGCAAGUGCCUUGCCCCCUAUGUCCACGGCCAAUGUCCCGAUUGGGCCUGUUGCGCUGCCGCGAAGCCUGCCUCCGACGACUCUCACGUCAUACUUCCGCACGCACGUUUGAUUGCAUUCCAGUCGCGUUGCACAGGAAACAUCGGCCAUACUUUUCAUGAGAAGUUUUGGCCGUUGUUUUGGUGGACCAUCGUUCACAGUGAGUCUGACAUGGCCAUUCUGGUGGAUCGGAACCUGUACCUUCCUGCAUGUGCAAAAGCUCCAAAGUUAUCCUGGACAGAUGAGCUGUUUUGGAGCGUAGCCCGUGAACUCCGCUGGACAGUCUACAAUCGGUCGCAGGCCGAGAUUUACUGUGCUCAGGGCGACUUACACAUCGUCCGGGCCUGUGCGAAGCACAGAACACUGCGGCCAAAGCAUCUGGUUUCUUUUGGCAAGCGCGUUAUUUGGUCUGCGGUGCUUGGGCAUGAGCCUUCCAGAGUAAGCUUGCCCGAUUCAGCUCAAAGGGUGCUGAUCUAUUCGCGAGGUCGCAGUUCAUACCGCCGAAUUUUGGAGCCACAUCGGUUGAAGCCUCUUUUCGAUGAGAAGUUCGAUCUCCAAAUUGUUGACGACAUACCUGAGAAGUUGGUGGACCAGGCGCGCUUGUUCUCCGGAUCUUCCUUGUUGCUGGCGCCGAACGGCGGUUGGAUGCCCAACGUGGUUUUCAUGCCUUCGCAGGCGUGCCUGGUGGAAUUACACCUAUAUCGCAAGGACAGCUGGGUUGAAAUGUUUGGACUGUCAUCCACCAUUGCAGAGCUGUUGCUGAUUGUUGGGGACUAUUCGGAUCCCACGAAGCCUCGUAUUGUUCGCCCCAAGAGGGAGGCGUCUGGGGGCGACGAUGACUUCUUGGUUACCGGCGGGAAAGACAACCUUUUCCGCGACAUACGGAAGCAGAUGUUGCGAAGCCGAGUGUGCAAAGCCUACCUGGCAAAACUCGACAUCAACCGGUGGGAUGACCCUGGUAUCUGCUCGAAUUUAGGUUCCUCGUCCCAUCCAUACUCUGCUACGCUCUAA